AUGGAUUUAAAAACAUUGGAUGAUGAGAUUAUGUUAUCAGAUGGGAGGGUAAUAAAAGUACCUGUGAAAAAAAUUGAAGAAAUUAAUAAAGAAAAUGAAAAAAAAAAAGUUCAAAUAGAAAAAGUUCCUAAUGUAUGGGGUAGCAGUGCUGGGGCAGGAAGUGAUUACUUUGAUCUUUAUAGAAAACAAAGAAACCAAGAAAAUGAAAGAUUAGAAUUAAUAGAACAAAAAUGGAAAGAAUAUACUGAAAACCAAAUAUUUCAACAAAAAAGAAAUGAAAAAAUUGAAUAUAUGGAAAAAAAACGUCUAAAAAGAGGAAAUAAAAGAAUGAUUAAAAAACAAAAAAUUAAAGAAUUAAGAAAUCAAAAAAAAAAAAAUAAAAUGGAAAAUUCAAAUCCAUUAGUAAACCCAAAUAAUAAUAAUAAAGAAUCAUCUACUAACCAAUUCAACAACACAGAAAGUGACGAGGAUAGUGCAACAAAUUCUAUAAAUACAAAAGAAGGGAAAGGAAAAGAAGAUCAAAACCCUCAAAAUGGAAAAACAGAAACUUCUGAUGAUGAAAAUAAUUUAAAUACUCAGUCAAUUAAUACAAAUAAUUUUGUCAUCUUAAAAGAAGAUGAACUGUUUUAG